CUGCAGCCAGUGAGGGAGUAUUUUAGGGCAUCAUCUCGGUCGUGUCGAGAUCGAACCGUCUCUCCGUUUUUUGGGUGCCUUAAAUAAAAACGGCUAGAAAUGGAAUCGAGAUUGCUGCUAUCUUUGUGAAAGUACCACCCCAAUCGCAUCGUUGCGUGAACUACCGUUCCGCUAUCAUUGAGGAGUAUCGAAAGCUCAGGUGAAAAAAAUAAACAAUGGAAAAGUACAAGUACUAUUUGACGAUACCAGGCCAGGAGGGAACGUUCCGCCUCGAAGUGGAGCACCGGGCGAACAUCGAACUCGAACUGCGCGAAUCCCCCGUGGCCCCUCUCUUGCCCUCCUCGUUUUACCUGGAACUCCUGGACGAAGAGGAGAAGUGCUAUGUUCGCCUGGUGGAUUACAGAAACCUCCCCGACCGGGGGCGCCUGAGGGUGUGCUCGAGUGAGGCGUCGGGGGGCAGACGCUCGCCUCCGCCACCGUAUACGCCGUCUGAUUACAUACCUUCGAUGUACGAGUACAAGCUAAGCUUUGGCCUUGAGGACAAGCAGCCCUUAUAUUGGUCCCCGCCUCCACCGAAAAGAGAUGCGAUAUAUGUGGAGGAGAGGUCAAGUCAGACCUCGAUGCCAACAAGGAAACAAGUCUCAUUUGCCGUGAGUAUGGACAAGGGAUCGAAGGGUGCGAAGGAGAUCCGCGAACAGGAAGUUCGAGUUCGUCGGGCCACUACCUAUCUGUCUCCGUCUGAUUCCUCGGAUGCCGACGAGGAAAUGCCAAAAGGGGUGAAGUCGAGGGUUCGGAGCCAGUCUUUCGCAGGCAGGUCAAGGGAAACGGUGAAGAGCUACGACAGACUUGCCGAGAUGGUCCGCCACGAAUUCGCCAGAAAUUACGAAGCCCCCAAAGACGGUCGACCUCGGGUCUACAAGCUGCGGAAGGAGAGAACAGUCUGGAGGCAAAAUGAGCUGGUCGCCAAAUACGAAGUCGGGGUGAGGACAAACGUGAACGUCGAGGAGAGGGUGCUCAUGCUCGUCGGCGCCACCGGGAAGACCACGAUGAUCAACGGAAUCGUGAACUACGUCUACGGAGUGGACUGGAACGACGACUUCAGACUGACGCUGAUCACGGAACGAAAGACGCAGACGAACUUGGAGGCCAGCACCCGAAGCCAGACGAAGCUGGUCUCCGCCUACACCCUCCACUGGCAGCAGGGAUUCCGCGUCCCCUACACCAUCACCGUGAUCGACACCCCCGGCUUCGGGGACACCGAGGGGCUGGAGGCCGACCGGCAGGUGCUCGCCAAGGUCCAUGCAUUGUUCGUCGCCUGCAAGCCCCAUGGCAUGGCCUUCCUCAGCGGGAUCGGAUUCGUCCUGCCGUCUUCGGUUACGAGAAUUACCGGAGCCCAGAAAUACGUCUUCGAGUCGGUCGUGGAACUGUUCGGUAACGACGUGAAGAACAAGUUCUACCUUCUCGUUUCCUUUUCCGACGGGCAGAGGACGAACGUCCAAGACGUCCUCAAGGCCACUGAGACCAUACCGCACGAUAAGUUAUUCAGCUUCAACAAUGCCGCCCUGUUUGCUGCCAACAACGCGGACGAGAAAUUCCAGUCCAUGUUCUGGAAUAUGGGGAUCCAGAGCUUCGCCGCCUUUUUUGGGGAUUUUCAGUAUUCAGAACCGGUCUCUCUCGUGCGCACCGUGGAAGUCUUAAAGGACCGAAAACGACUGCGAGAGAUAAUGGAGAGACUAGAAAAGGAAAUACCGCGAGUCUUGAACAGGCUGGAGGAGCUCCGACAGACCCACGAGAGCCUCGAAGCAUGCAAGAGCGAACUCGAGAAGUUCAAGGUGACGAAGACGAGAACCAAAUCGAUCCCACUGCCGGAAGGCGACCUCGCGAUCAACUGCGCCAACUGCCAAAAACGGACGUGCGAGUACCCGAGCGACGGCAACCCCCGCCUCGCCAAGUGCAUGCGGCCGACGGACCUCCUGCGAUGCAUCCGAUGCAACUGCGACUUCAGUCUGCAUGUGGGCCAGAGCUGGCGGUACGAGGAGGUGGUCGUCACCAAACUCAGGUCGUACGCCUGGCUCAGUCGACGGUACGCGAAGGGCUCCAAGAAGGUUUUCUCCAAGGAGCAACUGAUGAAGAAGCUGGCGGUCGACAUUCGAUCCUGUCAGGUGGAGGUAUACAGCAUGAUCACAGAAGCCCGCCGUCUCAUGAACGAGCUCCGCGACAAGGCCCUGCGCCCGACCCCGAUGACGACCGUGGAGUACAUCGACAUCCUGAUAGAGGCGGAGCGGGGAGGGGGGAGGAAGGGAGGCGCGGAGCGGAUCAAGCACCUGGAGGCUGCGAAGCGGGCGUCCGAGCUGGCCGACGACAUCCUCCAGGGUCGGCAAGACCCCUUCCCCCAGCUGCGGGAGACCAUGGAGGCCGUCGGCUUGGAUCUCGAGAAUCUGCAGGUCUCGGAGAGCGUCGACUCCCCCGACAGUCUCGUCGAGACCGUGCGCGCGUUCCUCAUCAAGAAGUUCAACGCGGGACGGAAGUCUCCAUGUUGAAAAGGCAGGAAGAAACCCUGGCUUCUUCAGGUCAACUGGAGCCGGUUCAGGAGUUUUUUUUAUUCCUACCCAUACUCGGGUGUUCAUCAAUUAUUUUGUCAUUUCACUGAAUUGACCAUGUACCGCAACCGGUCAGUACAUAAAAAAAAAAUGGAGAGGGUGAGUAAUUCCAUUUUAAUAGGUUAGUAUUUAAUUCAUCACCAAAUAAUAUUGAUUCUGUCACAAAGAAGUAAUGAUUCACCACCAGAUUUUAUUAUUUUGUCACUCAAUGAAUUUAAAUCACAAAACGAUUUCAUCACCAGACCUAAUGAAUCUUACAUCAAAUUCUCCCUCAAUAUUUUCACCAAAAGCAAUGAAGUGAUCACCAAAUUGUAUUGAGUUAGCACCAAAUCAUUGUCACAUUUCAUGUGUCAAAAGAAAUCAAUUUUUCUUUUAGCGGGCCUGCAAGGGAGAACAUACUGACUCUCCCUGUUGUGAUUCAGCAUUCCGAGUGAAUGUUUGCCAGUCUUGAUCCGAACAGGGCAUGUGCAUUCACAAUUUGGAACUCUCACGACGAGAAAGAGUCUUGUUCUCUUCAAGUUCUCCUAAUGCUCCAGUUUUCUGAUUAUAUAUGAUUAUAUACUAUUGUGCACUUCUCUGAGCCUCUUCCCUUGUGGCGAUGCCGUCACUGCAGGUAAAGAAGGCGUCUCCUUCAAUGUCCUCAAACUCUCUAGUUGCCAUGGCACCUUUAAUAUAUAGGGCACACGGAAACUGGAAGUCAGCGCCGGACACAACUCCCAUACAUGUACACAAGCACAAGGAGACUAGUUACAUAGGUCCUCCCCCGAAGGUCACCCCCCACAGCAUAUGAUCUUACAGUCUCAUCUUGACGUUGGAGGUCUAACCGGAAAUAACGAAAAAUCCUUUCCUUGCAAAUGCUGAGAAUGUCAUAAGUUCGAUGAGAUCUUUUUUUUUGGUGCAGGAUAAUGCAAAUUUGGUGAUAUCAACACCUGUGAUGAUGCAAUCAUAUUUGAUGAAAUCAAAAAUAAGAAUUUGGUGACUGACUCCAAUUUGCAGAUGAUUCAUUGUGAUCUGGUGAUGGAGUCAAUACUUUUGCAGGCUGAAAAUAUUUGGUGACAAGUUCAUUACUAUUUGGUGGGUGAUUAAAUAUUUAUUUUUAAUGUACCGACUGGUUGUGAGUGUCCCUGUGCCGUGUCCGUUUCUUUUACUUUCAUUCAUUCACCUUAUCCAUGUGGAUCCCGGUCGUGAGGAAGCAGUUUUGUGGGGUUUUAUUCCGUCUAUAUCGCUGAAUAUGUAUCGUGCGAAGUGCAUUGUGUCGAAACGCCACGAUGUCACCGUCAUACCCAAGUCAGUACUUACAGUACUGUUCACCAUUUCAUACAUUGUGCCGCACUUUGUAUCUUCAUCCUCCCACACUUAUGAUCGUGAAUACAGGCA